CGCCCAUUAGCGUCCUCUCACUCCACUCUCAGGGUCUAACGUCCCAUUCAUUUUUUACUCCUUCUACAAGACAAUUUCUCUACACUUUCUUCUAAACACAUUUGCAUACUUCAUUUUAUCCCUAUCUCCUGCUUGUUUGCUUGUUCACACCAUGUCAUCCACUACUACCUCUGCUAUCUCGCUGUGGGAGUCCUUCCGUGCCAAUCCAGCCUCUCCAGAGUUGUAUCUGCCAGAUGCGCACAUCGUCUUUUUACCAACGGGUGUCGGUGCAGCGACCGGGAAACAAAUUUACGAGUUUUUCAGCAAUGGUAACUUUUCGCAUCCGAAGCGAUUGUUGGUGGAGGAAAGGGUCAUUCAUCGCACUGUGGGUGAAUCCUCUGCUGUGGAUGAAGUGGAGGCGACCGUCAAGUUUGUCUCUGGUGCUGGAGCUUGGCUAUUACCUGGAAUUGAACCACAUCACCUCGAAGACUUGACUAUCACUUUCCCACUGGUCAUUUGCGCCUCCUUUGCAGAAGGCCACAUUGCCAGCGUCCGCUAUUUGUGGGACAAUGCUAGUGUUCUCAAGAUGGUGAAGUUGAUCGGUUCGCGUCAUUCCUGGCCUAUUGUCACCGAGACUCAGAUUGAGGGCCUCAGAGAUCCUUCCAGAUUCCGUCUGAAUCCCUUUGGCGGUGCUAGUACGGCUGCAGGCUCACGCUCUCAGUCCAAUGUAAGUAGAAUAUCAAUCACAAGAACAACGAACAAUAGGGAACGCAUGUUUAUGUGUAGUGUAAAAGAUUUUUAA